AUGAAAGCCCGGUGGUCCAGACUGGAAUCCAGACUGCUUUCGCUAGGUCACUGCCCUCGGGGGUACGCCAUGGUCCGCUUCCUGCUCCCCAUGCUCCUGUUCCAGCUGGGGGCUGGCCUCAUUCUCACGGAGAAGCCGCAGCUCGCGACAAAGACUACCAAGGACACGUUGGCCCUGGCUGCACAAGGUGCCAAUGGCACUGUGCAGGCAACAGCCGCCGGUGAGGAGUCCGAGGACAAGGAGGAGCUCGCAGAGAUCAAGGAGCAGGAUGCCGAGGUGAUCCAACCCAUCGAGGAUGAUGGGUCCACGAAGGACGAGAAGGAGGAUGCCGAAGCAGAUGACCUUCCCGACUCAAGCCCGGAGGCCAUGGCCCAGGAAAAGGUGGCUGCAGCCGUCGAAGAUGCGGACUCGGAUGCGCCCAUGGACUCCUCGGCGGAGGAUGAGGCCAACGAGGCCGCAACAUCCGACACCAAGUCGGACUCCAAGACCAGCUCCCUGUUGAGCCUUGGCUCAGAGCCUGAGCAGAAGGCACAUCCCAGGCUCAAGACCAAACCGGAGGAGACGGUGGCUUUGGCAAAGGAGGCUAAGGACGCCUCGGAGGAGAAGGAGGAGGAAGAGCCGGUGGACCCAACGCCGCCGGAUGGACUGACUGAGGCGGAGAAGAAAGAAUGGGAGAAGACCAUGCAAGAUCAGAAGGAGGGGGAGGAGGAAGUACAACCCCCAGCGGACGUGGUCGCAGAACAAGAGAAGGAGGCAGAGGAUGACAACUCCAAGGACUCCGACAAGGCCAUGGAACCGCCAGAGGAUAUGGAGUGA